GGUGGUUACGCCCCUCUCCAUCCAAUGGAUUUUAAUGAAAUUGAGUUUCUUGCAGAGAAAGAGCUCGUAACUGUAGUACCAAACUUUUCAGAGGACAAGAUAACACUUGUAACAGGAGACUACGGACCAUUUAAUCCAUCUAUGCCCACGACCGUACCACUGUGGCUAGCGGUGAGUCUUAAGAAGCAGCAAAGAUGUCAUAUCCAGCCGCCCGAGUGGUUGAAUGUCGACAUGUUGACCCAGAAGAAACAAGAUGAGAAAGAGUCUGAGCUUUUUGUUGAAAUGCCCUCGAAUCAUUUCAUUGAAAUAGCCACCAUACUCCUCGACAAUGCAUCUGACGACAUAACACAACCUGAUGAAGUGCGGGCACUAAUUAAAGAUAUAUCUGACGCCAGGGCUGCUAAACUAAAAAAGGGUAUUGUCGAUAUGGUUGUUGAAAGAGCAACGCAUGGAAAGGUUGAUAACCUCACGCCAAUGGAGGUCACUUCUGUGCGUUCUUUCCUGACUCAAUCCCUUGACCAGUUACACAUUCUUCGCAGUCACGCCAACCAACACGCAACCCAGACAUAAUAUUAUUAUUUUUAUGUGCUCUUAUUAUAGCUAUAUAAUAUAUUAUAUGCAGGUAUAGAUACUGUAAUAAUUUAAUUGAAGUUUUAAUGCUCUUUAAAUAAUAAUUAUACUGUUACUGAUUAUAUAGCUAUUGUUGUAUUGACAACUUUUAAUAUUA